AUGUCAUUAAUAGCAAAUGAUAAUUCUGAUAACAAUAAUCAUAAAAUUUUUGUUGUAAUUUACAGAUGGGAGAUACACAUUUUACCAACUGCGCAACAAUUACAAAAUCGGAAAAGUGAUGAAAAUAUAGCAAUAAUUUGUUCAGUAAUCGGUCUCCGGAAAAAUCAAAAUGUUAACAACGUUGAUAUUAAAUGGUAUCGUGAAAAUCAUAAAAUACCGAUUGAUCGACAAGAAAGGAUAGCAGUAAGUCGUAUGAAACCAUUAUCGGCUCGAUUACUUUUCAUCAAACCGAUCGUUGAAGAUAGCGGUACUUACAAAUGUGUGGUCAGUGUUAGCAAUGAUCAAACAAAGGAUAAAUCAACAAAGAUAUCAUUCAUUCAAGCAGCAAAAUUUGUUGAUGUUAAAUUAGAACAACAUCCAGAAGAGGGUAAAGAUGCCGAAAUUAUCUGUCGGGUACGUGGUGAUCCAUCGUUGGAAAUUUUUUGGCAAUUUGAAGGCAAAACAAUUCUUGAAG